AUGCAUCUACAUCUGCAAGAUGCAGCUAAUGCAUUCCCCAAUAGACCUACAAAUGAGACAUCCGUUUCUCCGUCCAAGUGUGGGGUAACGCAUACAUUCAGUGAUGAACCAAAUGCCGCAAGUGUUGGAUUUGUUGGUCAGUCCCAGGCUGAUAUGUGUGGAGGAUUACAUGAAUACUCGUUCUGUGGUAUUGCUGCUGAUGACGUACUUGAAGGAGAUAUAGACAUAAGAAUCAUGGAUUACACAAGCCAUCUUCUGCGAGUGCAAUUCCAAUGUCAGUACGGAAUGCUUGCGCCAUCUUAUUUGCACUGUCUAGUCACUAAGGGAGAGGAAAUUCCAGUGAAAAUUCCUGCAGGUGUGAAAGCCAUCCAAAUGCAUUAUAUAAGUGGUCAUUAUGUUUUGUCAGCUAGAGAACAUCAUGGUGUGCAUGUGUUUGAUAGUUUACCUUGUCAAAAUCAUUUACAUCAAGUGAUUCCGCAGCUUCAGUUGUUGUAUGAAAAUUUUGACUGCAGCAGAAUUAGAUAUACAACUCCACAGCAUCAAGGACCCACUACACUGUGUGGGAUAUUUGUUGUAGCAAAUGCAGUUUUUCUGUCUAACAAUAUGAAUCCUCAUGAUUACAAAUUGAUACCAAGCAAGAUGCGCUCUUACUUUAAACAGUGUUUGAUAAAUAGUGAAAUAACAGUGUUUCCGAUUGAAGAAUACUCUACACUAUUGCAUUCAUACAUUGUGGACCAAACAAACAGAAAUAACAGUACAAACAAAAAAUUCAGCCGUGAAAUUGAAGCAAAGUUACUUCCUCCUAGUAGCGAUACAGCACAAAAAAGACAAGAUCUGAUAUACAGAGAUCAUGAAAACAAACUUAGAAGAAAGAAAAGGGAAAACAAUGCAUACAGACAUCAAGAAAAUGAAUCCAGAAUAGCUAAAAGACAGAAUGAGAAUCAUAAAACGUCUGAACAUUUGUCAAGGAAGGAAAAACAUAGUGAUGAAAGUUAUAGAACUAAUGAAAAUAUGAAAAGAACCAAAACCAGACAGGAAACGAGACUUGAUGAAAGUUUUAGAACUAAUGAACACUUGUCAAGGAAGGAAAAACAUAGUGAUGAAAGUUAUAGAACUAAUGAAAAUAUGAAAAGAACCAAAACCACACAGGAAAAGAGACGUGAUGAAAGUUAUAGAGUUAGUGAAAAUGUGAAAAGAAACAAAGCCAGGCAGGAAAAGAGACGUGAUGAAAGUUUUAGAACUAAAGAAAACUCGUCAAGAAAGGAAAAACGUAAUGAUGAAACUUAUAGAGUUAAUGAAAAUGUGAAAAGAAACAAACUCAGAAAGGAAAAGAGACGUGAUGAAAGUUUUAGAACUAAUGAAAACUUGUCAAGAAAGGAAAAACGUAAUGAUGAAAGUUUUAGAAAUAAUGAAAAUGUGAAAAGAACUAAAACCAGACAGGAAAAGAGAAUCGAUGAACGUUUUAGAACUAUUGAAAAUGUGAAAAGAACUAAAACCAGACAGGAAAAGAGACGUGAUGAAAGUUAUAGAACUAAUGAAAACUUGUCAAGAAAGGAAAAACGUAAUGAUGAAAGUUUUAGAAAUAAUGAAAAUGUGAAAAGAACUAAAACCAGACAGGAAAAGAGACGUGAUGAAAGUUUAGGACUAUUGAAAAUGUGA